AUGUCUAUCUACAGUAUACAAGAAGAUGAUGAUGGCUUCUUUGGGUUCGGAGCAACAUCAAAACGUACAGAUAUUAUUGAGAAAUACCGUCAGUUCUACGACAAUAAGUAUCAAAUGGCUUGGACACGAAGACAAAUCUCAAUGUACACACUUUCCUUAACCACGUUUCCAACUCCACAAUUCAAUGACGUGACCCAACUAGCUAUUCAUAAACUGCCCGACACAUUUGAUAACGGCUCCAUUUCAAAUAUCAAAAAAUGGAAAGCGUUCUUCCAUGCUUACGGAACACAUUUUGUUACCAGCUCGGACAUGGGUGGUUUAUUGUGGGUGGAAGAUUAUUUUGAAGGAUGUUUAAUUACAAAGUACAGUGAAAGAUGGGCUAAGGAGCAAGUGAGAAGAAGUUAUUGGUUUUUUGGUGAUAAAACUUAUUCAGAAAGUUAUACAAUGAAUGUUGAUCAAAUCUACAAAAAAUAUAGUUCAUCUAUGUCAAAACUGAUUGGUGGCAUUGAUAAUAAUCCAGGUGAAGCCUUCUCAGUUCAGCCCUAUGUUAUUAAUGCUUGGAUUUCAACACUUAAAAACUAUCCACAACCGAUCAACUAUCGUCGUCUGCCUAUUUACACACUACUUCGAAAAGGUGAUAAAAAAGAAGCAAUGAAAAAUGCAACAUAUUACCUUCGUUCACAAGCAGCUGCAGUUGGAAAUCUGUAUAUCCAACGUCUACAAACACAUCCAAAGCCACUACCUCUACCGAAAUUAGAUUGUACUUCAACUGCACGACGGAGAAAACGUGCUAUUACGAACUUUGCAUUAGAUCUGACAGCAGUACGAAAAAUUCUCUGUCCAGUUGUUGGGUUUCGCGGAACGUUCUGUCCAGGUGAUCCAGCUUGGAAUACCAGUUUCACCAACUCGUUGGUCGCCCCUAAAGCACUAUCACUCUUGCCACAGCGAAAUUUGCCAAAAGGUGUUGGUAUGGCUAUCGACUUCAGCACUGGAAAGGUUCUUUUGCCAGCUUUGCAACUCACCUAUCCUCUCUCUCCUUCACCUGAUUCUCUAUGGAAAGAUCCGCUUUCUGGUCCCGUCUUUAUCUUGCCGAAUGAAGUUAGUCUUAAACCGUUGAAUGACGAUGCACUCAAUGUCAAUGUCAGUUCGUAUUCCACCCCAACUGAAUUCACAGAUGCAUGGUUACAUCUAGGAGCUGAUGGUGACUGGUCUACAAAUGAUCAAGGAACUGCCAUUGCUCAGAACGAUAGUAAACUCUAUAAUCUACGUGUUAAAGCGAUUGAUGAUCCUACUUUCCUACCUUUGAACUCAUAUGCUCAUAGUGCAAUAAAUGUACUAACUGCCGCCUAUGAUGAGGAUCUCUACAAUGCAUUUUUCAACGCCUGGAGAACUCAUGUGGCUGUUGAGACAACAGUUGGUGGUGUUACUGAAAAACAAAUCCUGUUUCAAAAAUGUUUAAAUUCAAGUGCAGCACGGUUGAACGUUAAAGCGGAACUUCUCUCGAAACGUCCGUGUAUCAGUGAAGAUUAUCAUAAAUGGCGAAAACCAUUUAGUGAUCAUCGUAUAGGUGGAAAUGUUGACCUGAUUCAAGAUACAAAUGAGUGGUUUCGUACAUUGGCUUAUGCGCCUGCAAUGAUCUCUGUUAAACGUUAUGUUUCGUGGGCUGAUAUUGUAAUAAACCCAUCUGUGAAACAGAAUUUACAGGGAGCAAUCAUCAGACGAAUUAAUAAUGCCAACGAAGAUCGACAAGAACAAGUAAAUAAAGUAUUUGAACAGCGAAAACUCAACAAUAUUCCAGCUAAUUUGAUCCUGUGGAGAGUAACUCAGAUUGGUAAUUUAACACUUUCUUCGACGAUAUCAAAUCCAACAGCUCCCAUUCCUGUCCUUAUUCGAAAUAUUGAUACUUGUGGUUCGGGUCAAACGCAAGAAGAACUUUUAGCCUCCUCUUGUGCAUUUAAAACCAAGAUGACUGCCUGUGCAUUACAGUCAAAUUCUCUUACUGAUAUGACUACAGAAGUAUCAGUUUCAUAUGAAAGAAAUUUGGUUACAGGGGAUCUGCGUGUUGUAGCUUUACGACAGAAUGGCAUUGGUGGAGGUCAAACUACAUUCAAAAGUAGGUUCAGAUUUGUUUCUUAAGGUAUACUAUCUAAGUCAUUUUUUGCCGCACUUUCUUUUAGAUUACGACCUUGUAGGUAACUGGGUUAGAAGUGGUUGUUCAGAGAUUAUAAACGAUCAGUGUGGAUUAUUGGCGCUGUAUAGCGUUCAUCGAGUUCAGUUAUGUACACGUUGUCGUGUGCUUUGUGCUAAUGAGAUAAACACUGAUUUGAGUAGUCAUUGCACAUGCCCGUCAUUGGUUGAAAAUAACUGUCUAGCUUAUUCGGAAGCACUACCUUAUCAACCGUAUUGCAACAAUAAGUAGUGAGGAAUGUUGCGGCUAGUUCACUGACAGCUUUUUUUAUUGCUUAUAGUUAUCAAGUAAUCCUAAUUUCUUCUUUUUUUAUUGCUGAAUGAUUAUAUGAGACAGUAAUGGUAACUUACUUCAUUUCCUUGAAUGCUGUUAUAAGCGGUGAAACCAAUCUGAAAAACCUCGCAGUCAGCCAUUCAAAUCGAUUCGUAAUUUUAGCUGUGUUUGCAUAAACUCCUGGAAAAGGCGUUAUUUUGUCACACUUACACAUUCUUACUUCUGAAAAGAUGUCCGUUAAAUAAGUUGGAAACUGAUGAAUUCAACAUAGUUAGCAGAAUUCAGAACGAUAAUCAAGAAAACGUUUUCCAUGAAUGGGGGAUUGGGAAAUGUUGAAAAGUUUUUCUUAAAUUUUAUCCAGAAAAGCGUCUCUACGUACAUAUUUGGGGUGCUCUGAUUAGAAUGUCUCAACCAGAGCUCACUAAAAUCGUUCCCUGUCAAACGGCGGCCGAAACAAAAAAUAAGCUGACACUCUCUUCUCUCCAUAACCUAUGUAAGCGAUGUGGGGAGGAUUAAAUUGAAGAAACAGGAGCAUCAGCUCGAGAACGGUUUUUUUUGGGCAUACAUCCCAAAUCAGAGUUCGACGGACCUCAACAGUGGGGGUUACACUUUAGCCAGAAGAAUCAUUCCAUUCGGGAUGUUAUGAGUAUACCGUUUGAGACAGGUUAUCUUAAUGAGGAUCAUCGAAAAGCACGGGAAUCAUACUGGAUAAAGAAAGUAAACCCUACUUUGAAUAUCAAAAGUUAAUAUAGCUUAGUGAUAAAAAUAUUUUGUAGAGGUUGUAAUUUGAAAAUAUUUAUAUUCUCAGGUUGCUUAUCUCGUUUAAUUUAACCACUGAAGAAAAAAUACUAGGUUUUUUCUUAUAAUUAGUAAAACUUGGUAAUAUUUACCAUAAGAGUUAGUGUAUGAUAGAACUUAAAUUUGAAAGAUACCACUCCUAUAGGGCGAGAGCCAUGAUAUUGUAAAAAUAUCGUUUUUUAAAUCUGAAUUAAUCUCAAUAAUUGCUGUCAGUAUGGUGAUAAAUCUGUCACCAGAACGGACCGUUUUGGAUCCGUUUCAAUCACAGCACUCAUGAUCCAUUUGGGUCAUAACUAGCCUAUUAGGCUAAAACUAUCCUGCAGGGCCACUGAUCAUUAAAAAGUAAUAACUUCAUAAGGUGCCCGCAAUUCAAAAAUGCAGCACUAGCUUAACUUUUGGUCGAAAGCUACAUAUUCAGAUAGCCCUGCCUGAGCUGACCUUUUUAUUCGAAUUCGAUCACGUUUUCGGGGAGAAAUCCUCAAAAUACUAAGAGUACCGAAAAAACGAAAAAUUUGCAUCACUCUGAGAAAACUUGAGAUUUGUUGAUUUUCGUUCACUAUAACUUUUCGAAUUUGAUAUAUUUGGAUUCCCCAUCAAAAACUGAGUCUAAUCAUUCACCUUUGAGUCACAAAACACAAAAUACCUGUGUUUCACAAUUUUGACAAGAGUAAGCACUCGACACAAUGAGCUACCUCUCUCGCAAACCUAUCUCCUCCUUGGUUUUGAUUUGAUCCGAUCAUCAUACGCCAUUCGAAUCACCAUUUGAAGGCGAACAAAAGUACGCAUCGCUUUUUUAAAAUAUUGUUUGCCUACUGAGAAUACCUAUUUUUUUCCAAAUGAGAGGCGACAAAAUAGGAAUUUCGCCCGUAAAUCGCGCUUUUCUGUAUUAGAGCUCAGUUGUUAUGCAUUAUAAUUAUCAUAUUCGAAAUCAGGGUCGAAAACUGGGUCGAAUGAUAUAUGUUUCGACUACUAUCCAUUUCAAAAAAGAAGAAGCACGGCCAUUUCUUUGAUAACUUUUUCUAAGAAGCAGCUAAAAAGGUGCGGUUUUCAGUAUCGG